AUGACACUAUUGUCGGCGGACGAACCCGGCUAUUCAGCCCCCCGCGUUGACGGCAACGACCAAAAGCAGCAUGAGCCUCACCGAACGCUCGCCAUUGCUUUGAGCACGGUUCUUUCUGUCCUGGCCGUGGUUUUGAUAGGAGGCACUAUACUUGCGUGCUACCGUUACCGACAAGGACGCCUUCCUCUCAUCAACCGAGGCAUCACGCCCAUCGAUGAUGAGGAGAUUGAGUCUUGGAAGUAUAGAAAGGAGGAUGAAGACACCAUUGAGAAGGUGCCUACCUCCCUGACGAAGCACGCAUCGACAGCUUCGCUUAAGAAACCGCCGAGUGUGGUCAUUUACCAGAACCACAACCAAUACCAGCCUCGAGCCUCGGGGGAGAGCCAGUCGCCGCACUCGUUCACGUUCACCAACGGCGGCAAGAAGAGCAUCGAGAUUCCGCAGACGCCUGUCCUUGCUCGCGCACCGAACUCGCGGCCCGGGCUGACGGACGAGGCUGUUCAAGGCGCUGAAGCUUUUAUCCCCAGCCCCAAGCGGCAAACAUCUCGACUCUCCAAAUACCCACCCUCAUCAUCUGCCACAUCGCCUCGUGGCCACCACGGAAGGACACAAAGCUCGCGCAGCAGCUUCAGCUUUGGUGGCAGCAGCGUUCGCGAUCAGUGGUACGGCUAUGGCCACAGCUUCUACUCAGACGGGGAGUUUUCCCCUCGCUCAUCAAAUGAGCAACUCGGCGGUUUCACCCAGCACGGUUUCCAUGGUUCUUCGGCCUCCUUCUCGGAGCAGCGAAACCACCACCGUGUCUUCUCUACAUCAUCAGUGCCGCCCAGCAUAUGCCUUGAUGACGAGGUUCCGCUGGGCGGGCUCUCACCGCGGCCUGUCGUCCCACAGUCCGCGAUUGGCCGGGCUAUUGGCUGA